CAAAGGGAAGACACCCCCUCUUCCCUUCAUGUUUGUCUCCACACAGCUGAAUCAUUCACAAUACAACGCCACAGGAACUCAAGACCAUUCAGAUCACGAAUGCCAAAGUCAGGGGGUCAGGAGCUGUGGAGAGUGUCUGGCAGCAGGGCCACACUGUGCUUGGUGUGCUGAGGAGACCUGUGUCAAGAAUUUUCUAGAAGUGGGCCAGCACGCAUGGGAGCGCUGUGACACGGCCAGGGCGCUGCAGAGGAGGGGCUGUCCUUUUGAUCGCCUGGAAAACCCCAGAGGUUCCACUGUCCUUCUAAAGAACCAAAAGAUCACGUCCCACCCUAAAGAACAAAAACCCAUCGCCAGCACAGGCAGGUCACGCAACUCCAGCCUCAGACUGUCCUGCUGCACUUCAGUCCAGUGUCUUAGCAUCACUUUGUGUGUGUGUGUGUGUGUUUAGAGCUAGAUGACAAUACAAUUUUCCUGUUUUGUUUUUUUUUUUGUUUUUUUUCAUCAAGGAGAUAUCUUCCAUAUUCAGAUCUCUGUCUCAUCUCUCUUCAAGCACAAAUAAGUCACUUAGAAAAGUGGUUGGAAAACAAUAGCCAACUAAUUAAAGUACAGUAUAUGGAUAACUUUUCAGAAGAAGUCGUUUCUGAACACACGAGCCGUGCUGCCUCAGGAAUAACAAAGUCAGAACAUGGCUUAACUUCACAGAGUCUUUGGCAAUGGCACAGGUAGCAAAGGUCCUGGUUGCAAACAGAAGCAGUCGGCUUUAUGGGAAACUAAUGGUAUAGAUAGAAGGUACACAUUCAUCAUAAACAAGUUGUUUUGUGCUGUGUAUAUAAGCAAAAUAUCAAAAUGAUGUGGUUCGGGCAUCUGAUCAGGAUGCCUCCUGGGCGCCUUCCUUUGGAGGUUUUCCGGGCACAUCCAACUGGUAGGAGACCCCGGAGGCAGACCCAGAAUACACCGGAGAGUUUAUAUAUCUCAUCUGGCUUGGGAACGCUUCGGGAUCCCUCAGGAGGAGCUGGAAAAUAUUGCUUGAGAGAGUGACAUCUGGACUAACUUCCUUAGCCUGUUGUCACUGGAUAAGCAUCAGAAAAUGGAUGGAUGGCAUAGCUAGAAAUACUGAGGUCAUGAGUCCAAAAUCCCCCAGCAACUCCUUACCCCUUAAAGGAACUAACUACCACAAAAGAAAUUCUUAAAUAUUUUUUUUUUUUCCACAUUUUAUAUACGAAUUAACUGUCAAAUUAAAUACACUAUAACUUUUAUCUCCCUACAUGAUGGUCUAAAGGCUAUUACAUACAGUAAUUUUGUUUGAAAAUAUCAAAACACUUAAACAGUAAAUUUUUGGCCUAACGUUUUGGCUUAAAAAUACAGAAUCUAAACAAAUGUCAGAAUCAGCCUUAAAAAGUUCACUGUAUGUGAUUUGUGUGUAGAAACUCCUCGUCAAGACAGUAACCCCUCCAAAUACCCAGGACAUGUCCUUAGUGUUACAGCUGUGGAAUUAUGUUUUAAAACAAAUGACCACAUUUCCAGUUUGUAGAUGAACCCCAGAGCUUUGAGGUGAAGUUUAAAUGUGUGGAGGACUAUUGCAUAGACCAGUACUACUUGAUGGAUCC